AUGGAUGCUGCUGACCAAAUUGCAUAUUUUAUAUGGAAUAAAGGGGGUUAUAUGGCUAAAUGCAUUCGGAUAUGGGGAAAUUAUUUCAUAAAGACAGGAGAGCUUCUUCCUUACUGCCAAGGUAAACAUACCAAACUCGAAAGCUUAAUUGAUGACGAGGAUUUUAGUGAAAAUUGUAUAGAGUGGUUAAGGCAACAAAAACCAGAAAGAGGAUGUAUAGAAAUUAUAUGUAUUCAUGGGGUUUUAAAUAUGAUGAGAGAAGAAAGGGUAUUUUCUUUGACAGUCAUGAGUGACCAGAUGUGGUGGCGUAUAGGAACGAAUGGAGAGAAAGAAUACGUUCAAAUAACACAUGAUGAGUGUUAUUCCUAUGCUACGAUGGGCAGCGAUGAAUUUGGAUUCAGAAAGCUAUAUGAAAAUCCGUAUAUUAAAGAUAAAGAAACAUUUGUGAUUCGUUCUGUUCAGGUAAAUGGAUAUUGGAAGGCAGAGCAUAUGCUUGAACAGCUUGUAAGUAAAGUAAUCCCAGUAUUUGAAAUAUUGCACCCCAGAUGUAUCGGUGUGUUUUGCUUCGAUCAAUCUACUAAUCAUAAUGCUAUGGCAGAGGAUGCACUAAUCACAAAAAGGAUGAACUUGAGUUCUGGAGGGAAACAACCGGUGAUGCGAAAUGGUUGGUUUAUUGAUGAAACUGAAAAAAAAUAUGUGCAACUGAUAGUAUUUCCGAAUAAUUAUCAAAAAGAGAAGUUAAGAGGCAAGCAAAAAGGUUUGAGGCAAGUGCUUGAAGAGCAAAAACUCUGGCCUGCAGAAAAGGUUCUGCUAGUAUGCAAAAAAUGUUCUGAAAAAUGUACUGAUAAUGGCCCAGAAAAGUUGGAUUGCUGCACACAUAGAAUCAUGUCAUUGCAGCCCGAUUUUCUUGAACAACGGUCCCUGUUAAAAGAAGCUGUAAUUAAUGCAGGGCACAUUUUUGAACGCUAUCCAAAGUUUCAUUGUGAGUGUAACUUUAUCGAACAAUAUUGGGGUUUUAUGAAACAAGAAGCAAGAAGAUUAUGUAAUUAUAAUUAUAAGGAUUUAGUAAAUCUUGUUUCGGAAGUUCUUAAGAGUGUUCCUGUAACCACUAUUCGCAAAUUUUCCUGGCUAAAAGGUGUAGCUGCUGAGUAG